GCAUUUUUGGGUCGUAAUCUAUUCAAAGUUUCUGUCUUUAUUUCAAGAUAAGUAAAGCUUGCUCUCUUUCUCUCUCUUACACAUACCCCUAUAAAUUGCAAAAGACAGCAAUCAAUUGGUCAAGCAGUUGAAUGCCCAUCUACCCCAAAACAAAUUCAUCACAAAUUUAGUAUACUCCAGCUGUUAAAAAAUCUUGAUUUUUUUUUGAGCUAAAAAUAUUUGUAAGAAAAACCCCAAAUUCUUUUUAAAAGCUUGAUUCUUUUCAUUUGAUUUACACUAAAAAAUGGAGUUCUAAGCUGAAUUUUUGCACUUUCUGUAGAAAUUUCUUACAAAGGAAAAAUGGGGUUUAGUUUAAUUUCAAUACAUUGCUUGGUUUUGGCAUUGUUUCUGCAAUUAACAGUUGGAUAUGGUAGUAAUGUUUCAUAUGAUAGUCGUUCUUUCAUAAUUGAUGGACAAAGGAAGCUUCUUAUUUCUACUGCUAUUCACUACCCUCGUAGUGUCCCUGCUAUGUGGCCGGGUUUAAUUCAGCUGGCAAAGGAAGGUGGUGCCAAUGUCAUUGAAUCAUAUGUAUUUUGGAACGGCCACGAAUUGUCUCCUGACAAUUACUAUUUUGAGGGGCGGUAUGAUCUAGUUAAGUUUGUGAAGACGGUGCAGCAGGCUGGGAUGUAUAUGAUGCUUCGUAUUGGACCCUUUGUUGCAGCAGAGUGGAAUUUUGGAGGGGUUCCUGUUUGGCUGCACUAUGUACCUGGAACUGUAUUUAGGACUGACAAUGAGCAAUGGAAGUAUUACAUGAAGAAGUUCACGACAUACAUAGUGGACCUGAUGAAGAAGGAGAAGCUUUUUGCAUCACAAGGAGGUCCGAUCAUCAUGGCUCAGGUAGAAAAUGAAUAUGGUUAUUAUGAACAGUCAUAUGGAGAUGGUGGGAAGAAAUAUGCCUUGUGGGCUGCCAAUAUGGCCCUUUCUCAGAACAUAGGUGUGCCUUGGAUAAUGUGCCAGCAGUGGGAUACACCUGAUCCUGUGAUAAAUACUUGUAAUGGAUUCUACUGUGAUGACUUUACUCCAAGUUCUUCCAAAAGUCCAAAGAUUUGGACUGAGAACUGGCCUGGAUGGUUCAAAACAUUUGGCGACGUGGAUCCUCACAGGCCUGUCGAAGAUGUUGCUUAUGCUGUUGCUCGUUUUUUUCAGAAGGGUGGCAGUGUACACAACUAUUACAUGUAUCAUGGCGGAACAAAUUUUGGUCGAACUGCUGGUGGACCAUUUAUUACAACAAGUUAUGAUUAUGAUGCACCAAUUGAUGAAUAUGGUUUACCAAGGCUUCCUAAGUGGGGACAUCUCAAGGAACUUCAUGGAGCAUUAAAGUUGUGUGAGAAUGCACUGAUUACUGGAGAGAGGACUAAUGUUUCUCUUGGUCCUCAACAAGAGGCCAAUGUAUUUACAGACUCAUCUGGAGUUUGUGCAGCCUUCCUUGCCAAUAUGGACAACAAAACUGAUACAGUUGUGAAAUUCAGAAACAAGACUUACCAUCUGCCUGCAUGGUCAGUUAGCAUCUUGCCUGACUGCAAAAAUGUAGUGUAUAACACUGCCAAGGUUGGAUCCCAAGCUUCUGUGGUUGAUAUGGUGCCUGAGAAUCUCAGGCCAUCAGUGGUGCCACCUAGCAAAGACUUGAAAUCUCUUCAAUGGAAAGUGUUUGUUGAAAAACCUGGAAUAUGGGCAACACCUGAAUUCAAUAUGACAGGUUUUGUCGAUCAUAUAAAUACAACAAAAGAUUCUACUGACUACCUCUGGAUCACAACAAGCCUGUAUGUUGACAGUGAUGAGAAGUUCUUGAAAGACAGAAGCAGUCCAGUACUAUCUGUAAAAUCAAAGGGCCAUGCUCUUCAUGUUUUUGUGAAUCAAAAACUUCAAGGUAGUGGAUUUGGGAAUGGAUCGGUCUUUUCCUUUGAAUCUGAGAUUCCCAUAUCUCUAAAGGCUGGAAAGAAUGAAAUUGCUCUUCUUAGCAUGACUGUCGGCUUGCAAACUGCAGGGCCUCAGUACGAAUGGAUAGGAGCAGGCCUAACAAGUGUUGAAAUUAAAGGUCUUAACAAAGGAGCUGUGAAUCUAACUAAAUUUAAUUGGACCUACAAGAUUGGAUUACUGGGAGAGCAAUUGAAUCUGUAUAAAGGUGAUGAUUUGAAAAGUACAAACUGGGUGUCGACCACUGAACCACCUAAGACAAAACCGCUUACAUGGUACAAGGCUUUGGUGGACCCACCCUCUGGGAAUGAGCCUGUAGGACUGGAUAUGAUACAUAUGGGGAAGGGCUUAGCUUGGUUGAAUGGAGAAGAAAUAGGAAGAUAUUGGCCUCGAAAAAGUCCCAAGCAUCAUGAUUGUGUUGAUCAUUGUGACUACCGUGGAAAAUUUUUACCCAACAAGUGCAGCACGGGAUGUGGAGAACCGACCCAGAGAUGGUAUCAUGUUCCACGGUCCUGGUUUAAGCCAUCAGGCAAUGUAUUGGUUAUCUUUGAAGAAAUCGGCGGAGAUCCAACUCAGAUUAGAUUCUCCAAGAGGAAAGCCACUGGUGUUUGCAGUUCCGUUUCUGAAGAUCAUCCUUCUGUCUCUGUUGAAUCCUGGACCACUGCUGUGAAAGACACCAAUGAUAAAAAGGCAACUGCGCAGCUAAGCUGCCCUAGUAAUACUCGUAUUUCUGCUAUUAAGUUUUCCAGCUUUGGGAACCCUUCGGGAGCUUGUGGGUCGUACAUCCAGGGAGACUGCCAUGAUCCCAAUUCUGCAUCUGUGCUGGAAAAGGUUUGUUUAAAUAGAAGGGACUGCAGCAUUGAGUUGAGCAAAGAUAAUUUCGAUAUAGGUCAUUGUCCGGGAACAAUUAGAAGGCUUGCUGUUGAAGCAGUUUGCAGCUGAUAGGCAGUUAUAGUAAUAAUUGUAUUAGCUACUUCCUAGUUUUAUUCAGUUAGGGAACACCCCCGUUAUGAGUGUUGAGUCAUAUACAUCAUACCAAAAAAAUACGGCUGGUUUUUCAGAGAAUUGGGGAAAAAAAGAGGAAAAGAAACAGCGAGGCAUUUAUUACAUUCAAGAUUAACAUUGUAAUACCAACUAUUGAAAUGCAUACCUUUCAUUCAAUAAAUA